ACUUAUAUUAGUGAGAGAGAGAGAGAGAGUUUGUUUUUUUUUUUUUUCUCGAAAUAUUAAAUUAAGUAAAUGACAUUUGUUUGAUAUCGCGUUGUUUAUUAGUUAAUCGUUGUUUUAACAAAUUAAGUUUAAAAAAAAAAAACAUUUUGCAUAAAAAUAAUAACGAGAUAGAAAAUUAAUGAAUGAACGUGUAAAAUCAGGAUAAUGCUAAUAAGAUUUACGUCGAAAGAAUUAAAGAAGAUUUAACGCGAAUAAUAAAAGAAAAGAAGAAGAAGAAGAAGAAGGAGAAGAAGAAAAAAAUAGGCCAAGAGGUGGAACGAUGGAAGUUUUAAUACACGAGGCCUCGAACAAACGAGAAAUAAUCGAUGGAAAUUCAACGAUUAAUAAUCAUCAUAAUGAUAUUAAUUUAAAUGGCAACAAAAUCACUAUGACGGAUCGUAAGGAAAAGGAUGACAAUGAUUUGAACGCAUCUUAUGCGAAAAAUAUUAAUGAUGUUGAUAUGGUCGAUAUUAUUGUUGAAAAUCUUACCUAUACCGUUUCACUUGGAUUAUCGAAGAGAUACUAACGACCUUGGGAUUAUAUGAGCAUAUGAAUACAAGCACGGGCCGAUUAAGCGGUGGACAAAAGAAGAGAUUGUCAAUGGCUUUGGAAUUGGUUAAUAAUCCUACAGUUAUGUUUUUGGAUGAACCAACAACAGGAUUAGACAGUUCGUCGUGUAUGCAAGUUGUAAAAUUGUUGAAACUUCUUGCCAGGCAAGGAAGAACAAUAAUUUGUACAAUUCAUCAGCCAAGUGCUUCGAUAUUUAAAAUUUUUGAUCAUAUUUACUUACUCGGUAAAGGAAAUUGCCUUUAUCAAGGAUCUACAGAGAAAUUACUUCCAUAUUUGGAAUCGAUGAACUUACAUUGCCCGAUUUAUCAUAAUCCUACGGAUUAUAUAAUUGAAUUGGCAUGUGGCGAAUAUGGCGAUGAUAAAUUAACGACAUUGAUAAACAAUUCGGAAAAUGGUCGUAAUGUCCAAUGGUUCGAAGAUCAUCAGGCAUUGAAAGAUGCGAAAACUUUAAGAGCUUUGCAUCCCUUAAAAGAAUUGAAAAGGUUAAACAAGUCACCCGAAUCGCAAGUUACACCGUUGAGCAAUCAAGUUUAUACAUUAUUGAAAAGAGGAUUAAUAAUGUAUAAAAGAGACGUGUCGUUAACUUAUCUUCGUGUAGGAGUCAAUAUAAUGAUAGGAUUAUUACUUGGAAUGGUAUUUAGUAGUUGUGGAGAUGAUGGUAGUAGAGUAUUGGACAAUUAUAAUCUUUUAUUUUCUAUACUUAUACAUCAUAUGAUGACUACAAUGAUGUUGACUAUAGUAACGUUUCCAAUGCAACUUGAUAGACUCAUGAAAGAAUAUUUCAAUAGGUGGUACAAUUUAAAAGCAUUUUACAUGACAAUAACGAUACUAGAUAUACCACUAUCAACAAUAUGUUGUUUCUUAUUUACAAUAAUAAUAUAUCCAAUUUCGGCUCAGCCUUUAGAAAUUGGAAGGUUUUCCAUGUUUUUUGCUAUUAGUUUAUUCAUUUCUUUCAUAGCUCAAGGUACUGGCUUGAUGAUUGGUGCUGUAUUAAAUGUUGUCAACGGUACGUUCGUGGGACCAUCUUUAUCGGUACCUUUGAUGAUGUUUGCUGGAUUUGGUGUAUCAUUAAGGGAUUUGCCAAUUUAUCUCAAAUGGGGUACUUAUGUCAGUUUUUUGAGAUAUGGUUUGGAAGGAUUCGUUGGUGCUAUAUAUGGAAUGGAUCGUGACGUUUUACCAUGCAGUAAAAGUGAUGAGCUUACAUACUGCCAUUAUAAAUAUCCUAGUAAAUUUUUAUCAGACAUAGCAAUGAACGGUGAUCAAUUUUGGAACGACAUCAUUGCUUUAACGAUAAUACUCUUGAUAACACGUCUUACUGCAUUUUAUCUACUCAAAUGGAAGAUAUAUUCUAUGAGAUAAAAAAAAAAAUGUAGAGAAAAUGUAUUUUUUUUUUUUUUUUUAUAUUUACUUAUGUGAAAAAUAUCAUAUGACAUCGUCACUACUAUUAUUACUUUACGAACUUGAAACGCGUAAUAAGAUCUCGUCAUUAAUAUUUCUAAUCAUUUUCAUAAUCACUAAGAUAGAAUAUUUUUUUUUAUUAUCUA